GAAUCGAGUCAGCCCAGCCUCCUGCCCUGUGACUCCAGGGCAAGCCCCCUCCUUCCCCCAGCCCCGGGCGCCCGUCGGAGGUGCGGGCUGCCUGGAGUCCCCGCUUCCUCCUGAGAGGGCAGCAGCGGAGCGUCUCGGGGACGCAUGCGUCCCAACUGGCACCCGGGGAAUUAAAAGAAAGGGAGGGGGGAAGCCCCAACCAAACAGCGCCCCAAACAAAACCCAAGUGGAGGAAAGCGCGCGGCCGCGCAGACCCCGGGCCCGGCAGGCGUCCCGGCCUCGCCCGCGUCCCCGGCCACGGCGUGAUGCGCACGGACCGGCCCGCGACGCCCGGGCCGCCACUGUCCCCGCACCUGAACGCCGGCCGGGUGGCCGCGCCCCAGCCGCGCUCGCUCGCCGCCGCGGCCGUGUCCCAGUGUGCCGGCGCCGCGGGGCACCUCGCUCCCCAUGGGGCCGCGGGACUGGCUGAGGACCGUGUGCUGCUGCUGCCCGUGCAGGUGCCUGGAGGAGCCCGCCGCGCCGGAGAAGGAGCCCCUGGUCAGGAGUGGCAAAAACUCAACUACGAUAUCUACACCCUGCGGCAGAUCCGGAGGGAAGUGAGAAAUAGAUGGAAACGCAUCUUAGAGGAUUUAGGUUUUCAAAAGGAAGCAGACUCUUUGUUGUCCGUGACGAAACUCAGCACCAUUAGUGAUUCUAAAAACACAAGGAAGGCUCGGGAGAUAUUGUUAAAACUGGCUGAAGAAACCAGUAUUUUUCCAACAAGCUGGGAGCUCUCGGAGAGAUACCUCUUUGUUGUGGACCGUCUCAUUGCUCUCGAUGCGGCAGAAGAGUUCUUUAAAAUCGCCAGUCGAACUUACCCCAAGAAGCCAGGAGUCCCAAGCCUGGCGGAUGGCCAGAAAGAACUGCACUACCUUCCGUUUCCAAGUCCCUAAAGGACAGUCUAGGAAGCAGAAUUGGGAUCCCCCUGCUGGUACUCAACAGCCAAUCCAAGUUGGACAAAUGCAUAUAGAAGACAGUAAGCAAGUGGAGGGCUAGCUAAGUGAGAAAUCAUCCUAAAUCCUACAAAAAAACUAAGGGUUUGGAAUAUUUGGUCUUCAAGAGGAUGUUAUGAUAAGAAAUGUUUGAGUUGUGUUGAAACACACUGGGGAUCUUGUAUCAGGGAUAUGGUCACUGGGAUCUUUCCUCCCGGCUGAUUAGAUUUCAAGAACCCACUGUCCCCAUUUUGGUUUUGGUUGUACAACAAGCCUAUUGGGAGAAUGGGAUGUUCUAGGUAAGAAAACAAUAAGACUGAUAAAGCUAUCAUUGAGCCCAAAUAUGGACUACUGAAUUUUAAAAAAUCGCUGUGUAAUAUAAGCUAACGCUAAAAUAAUACGAGGCAUCAUGUGACAUUUCUUUGAUUUGGAAGCUCCUUCAGAACCUUGCAGGUGUCAGAGACAUCAUCUUGAGUAUAAGUCAGAAUUCUUCAGAGGUUCUGUUGUAGCAGAUAAUAGGAAUAUCUAACAGGGCUGCCCAGAAGGGACUUCCAGAUAGAUCAAUCCCAUGUCAAAAAGCUCUGUCUUUAGUGGUGGAACAUGCAUCUUAAAUUCUUAACAUUAUCAAUACUUGAUUACCUCAUUUUGGCACCUCAUCCAUUUCAAGACCUCACGGCCAUGGUAUGUUAUCUGGGCUAGCGACUAUCAACUGAAACAUUUGACCUCCACUUCCUUCUCUUCUCUUUAAUCUGCGUCUGGCUCAGAGGCAGAGUCACACUUGCCCAGAGACCCACAGUGCAGACUUGCAGCUCUGUUACACGGAGGGUCAUUGCAGGACUGUCUUCUGGAUUUUCAAGAUGGAGCAAUGCUGCCAAUACAACUCGCUUCUCUCCACAGACUGAGAAGUCCAGCCUCGGAAGUUACUUGCCACUCAAGCAAGGAGCUUGCCGGGAAAUGACUCAUGGUUCACAUUAUUGAGUAGACUUUCAGAACCUGUCAGAUGUAUUGGUAGAUUGCUGAGAACACUGGCAAUAUUUUUACUCCUACAGACUUUAUUCUUCUGACUUCAGAUAAAGGGUAACUUGUCUUUAGUUUGUCCAGGGGAUGGUGACUUGAAAACUUGCUGACCAGCUCUUUUAGUAGUGCACACGAUGUUUGAAAUAUUUCUUAGAGGAAGAUACAUGUUCUUCAUUUAUUAAUCUUGCAGAUCAAUUUAACUGACAUGUUUCAGGAAGAUUCUUUCUAGUUUAGUAAGUAAGCCAGAAGUUUUAUUUUUUAUAUUUAAUGCUUAACUUCUCUCUCACAUUGUUUAAAAUUAGCCUGCAGACGAUUUCCCUCACUUCUGUAGGCUCUUGCAAGAUAAACGUACAAAUAGUGAAACAAAUAAAUAAAAACAAAACAAAAAAUAAACAAUAAAUCUUUCUAAAUCAUAUUGUUUCCAUGUCUGUCCUUGGAAUUUGUGUUUUGUCUUUUGCCUUUUUUGCAUCUUUGGAGAAUUAAUUGUAAACAUUGUCUUUAUUUUUGGUAAUGUAUGAAUAAGGAUAAGAAUGUCUCUAUGAGUAUAAGAAACAUGGAAUUAUCCAGGAAUUUUUCCUUGCAGGGAAUUAAAAAGUUUUUCUAUUUA